CAUCCACUCUCUCUACUUCUCCUUCUCCAUCUCUUCUACUUCUAUCCUCGCAAUGUCUUCCACCGACAUCUCCUCCCUUCCCCACAAGGAAAUCAAGAAGAUCUGCUGCAUCGGCGCUGGCUAUGUCGGCGGCCCUACCUGCGCCAUCAUCGCCCAGAAGUGCCCCCACAUCACCGUCACCAUCGUCGACCUGAACCAGGCCCGCAUCGACGCCUGGAACUCUGACAACCUCCCCAUCUACGAGCCCGGUCUCGAUGAGGUCGUCAAGUCCGCCCGUGGCAGAAACCUCUUCUUCUCCACCGACGUCGACACCGCCAUCAUCGAGGCUGACCUCAUCUUCGUCUCCGUCAACACCCCUACCAAGAAGAACGGUGUCGGCAAGGGCUUCGCCGCCGACCUCGGCUACGUCGAGUCGGCCACCCGCCACAUCGCCAAGGUCGCCACCUCCGACAAGAUCGUCGUCGAGAAGUCCACCGUCCCUUGCCGCACCGCUGCCUCCAUGCGCAAGAUCCUCGAGUCCAACGGCAAGCCCGGCCUCAAGUUUGACAUCCUCUCCAACCCCGAGUUCUUGGCCGAGGGUACCGCCAUCAAGGACUUGAACGCCCCCGACCGUGUCCUCAUCGGCUCCCUCCAGACCACCUCCGGUCGCUCGGCCGCCGCCUCCCUCGUUGACGUCUACUCCAACUGGGUCCCCCGCAAGCAGGUCAUCACCAUGAACGUCUGGUCCUCCGAGCUCUCCAAGCUCGCUGCCAACGCUCUCCUUGCCCAGCGUAUCUCCUCCAUCAACGCCCUCUCGGCCAUCUGCGAGGCCACCGGCGCCGACGUCGACGAGGUCUCCUACGCCGUCGGUCUCGACUCGCGUAUCGGACCCAAGUUCCUCAAGGCCUCCGUCGGUUUCGGAGGCUCUUGCUUCCAGAAGGAUAUCCUCAACCUCGUCUACCUCUCCGAGUCGCUCCACCUUCCCGACGUUGCCGAGUACUGGCGCCAGGUCGUUGCCAUGAACGAGUCGCAGAAGCGCCGUUUCACCGAGCACAUCAUCUCGUCGCUCUUCAACACCUUGACCGGCAAGCGCAUCGCCGUCCUCGGAUUCGCGUUCAAGAAGGACACCGGUGACACUCGCGAGUCGUCCGCCAUCACCAUCAUCAAGUACCUCCGUGCCGAGCAGGCCAAGGUUGCCAUCUACGACCCCAAGGUCGAGGAGUCCCAGAUCUGGUUCGAUCUCGCCGAGCCCGGUAUCGUUGACGACGUCACCGCUCUCAAGAAGCAGGUCUCGAUCACCAGCUCCGCCUACGAGGCCGCUGCCGGUGCCGACGCCGUCGUCAUCUGCACCGAGUGGGACGAGUUCAAGGACACCGAGCUCGACUACGAGAAGAUCUACGCGUCGAUGAACAAGCCCGCCUUCAUCUUUGACGGAAGACUGAUCCUCAACCAGAAGAAGCUCGAGACCAUUGGUUUCAAGGUCGAGACCAUCGGCCGGAGCAGACUCGAGGAGACCUUCGAGUAAGGGUCUAGUUUAUUAGUUUAUCUUCUGUAGUUUUACUACAAGUUUUUUUAUUGUUAUGGGCAUCGGCACAGUACUUGUCUUUUUCUUUAUUUAUUGUGUUUAAUGUAAAGUAUAUGCUAGAAAUUUUAUCUUUUAUGUUUUUAGUUUUCUAAUAUUUCCUAUUUUUUUUAUUUUCUGAACAUUUAUUUAGUUUUGAUGUGGUGCAAAGAUAGAAUAUCUAGAUUACAGCGACAUCGUACCUACUGUUUUU